ACAGCUGGAAUCUGUGGCUGUCAGUUCGCUGCCACUUCCAAAGCUCUACCGGCCGCUCGCGCUAUGGCCGCGCCGCCACAGGUGCGGGCUCUGCUCCUGGCCAUCAACACACUGCUGCGUAAGCGCCGCUACCACGCUGCAUUGGCCAUGGUUAAGGGCUUUCGGAACGGAGCUGUCUAUGGAGCCAAAAUCCGGGCCCCUCAUGCGCUGGUCAUGACCUUUCUCUUCCGGACUGGCAGCCUCCAGGAGAAGCUUCGGGCCAUUCUGCAGGCCACGUACACCCACUCCCGCAGCCUGGCCUUCUUUGUGUUUACCUACAAGGGUCUCUGUGCCCUGCAGUCCCACGUGCAGGGCAAGACCUACCAAUUUCACUCCUUCCUGGCUGCUUUCAUCGGGGGCAUCCUGGUGUUUGGAGACAACAACAACAUCAACAGCCAGAUCAACAUGUACCUGUUGUCACGUGUCCUCUUUGCCCUGUGCCGCUUGGGUGUGGAGAAGGGCUACAUCCCUGAGCCAAAGUGGGACCCAUUCCCGAUGUUAACCGCAGUGGUGUGGGGGCUGGUCCUGUGGCUCUUUGAGUAUCACCGGCCCACACUGCAGCCCUCGUUGCAGUCCUCCAUGACCUACCUCUACCAGGACAGCAACGUGUGGCACGACAUCUCAGAUUUCCUCAUCUACAACAAGAGCCACCCCUCCAAGUAAUGCAGCCCUGAGGUGACCGUGGAGGGCUUCUCCACCUGAGUAGGCUCCAGGCAAUGUCAGCUGCAGCUUGGGUUUUGGCUCAGGAAACUCUCCCAGAGGAUACCACCUUCUCAAGGUUACUGGCCUCAGACUGAACGUGUGUUAUCCCAGGGUUCCAGGGGCCCAAGUAAAAGUACUGAUGUCCA